AAUUUUAUUCUCAUUCAACUCUCCACUUUACUCAUCUUGACUACUUUUCUCACCAUCUUCUUCACCUUUCAAUUCAUAACUUGAAUCACAGAUUUUCAAAUUCUAAUUCUUUCUCCACCCUUCAGCUUCUUGAACAACAUCCCCAUGUCAAAUUCUCAAUCUUCAUGUCCCUGUUCUUACAAUUUUUGUUUCCUAAUCAUUCUAGUAAUCUUCCAAUUUCUGAAAAUCACCACAACGGCACAAGCAAGCCUCUGCAGAACCGCCUGCGGAGACAUCCCAAUUAACUACCCUUUCGGCAUCGACGACGGCUGCGGAAGCCCUUAUUAUAGACACAUGCUCGUGUGCUCGGACUACGGCAAGCUCGAGCUCCGAACGCCCUCCGGGAGAUACCCAGUUCACAGCAUAAGCUACUCGGACCAUCACAUUCUUCUUAACGAUCCAUUCAUGUGGCAUUGUCAAGAUGGCGAUAACUUUCGUCCCACCAGACCCUUCAGUCUCGACACAAGCACGCAUUUCUCACUUUCCCCUCAAAACGACUAUCUCUUCUUCAACUGUAGCGAAUCCAACGUGAUCAUCGAGCCGAAGCCGAUCUUUUGUGAACGUUUCCCUGAACGUUGUGAUUCAUCGUGCGAUAGUUCGAGUUAUCUUUGCAGGCACUUACCUGAAUGUGCCUCGGCUUUGCAUGGUUCUUCUUGCUGCGCUUAUUAUCCGAAAGCUACCGAGUCUUUGAGGUUGAUGCUCAAGUAUUGCGCUUCUUAUACGAGUGUUUAUUGGAGAAAUAUUGGAAGUAAUCCGCCUUAUGAUCAGGUUCCGGAGUAUGGAAUUCGAGUGGAUUUUGAUAUUCCGGUGACCACUCGUUGCUCGCAGUGCCAGGAUAUGACCAAGGGCGGUGGAACUUGCGGAUUUGACACGGAAACACAGAAUUUCCUGUGUUUAUGUGGGAAAGGAAAUGUCACUACUUACUGUAAAGAUCAUGCUCUUUCAAAGCAUAGUAACUCCGGAGUGAUUGCAGGGACGGUGAGUGGAGUUUCAGCUGCUGGGGUUGUAGCCAUUGGAGCUGGUGUUUGGUACUUGAAGAAAGUGAGAGCAAAAGCACCAGUAACAUGUGGUGUUCAAAGCAAUGAGAAUAGGCUUUUCUAAAAUCAAACACCUGAACAUCUUCUUUAUUCUGCUUUUUGUUAUUCUUUGAAUUGCUUUUUUGUUUUUUCACUUUAACAUUUCUCCUUUAAUGUUUCUUUGUUUAUACACAAUGUUGAGAAAGCCCCCCACUUCUGUAUGAAUCUUUAUUAAUCAUGUUACUUUUAUUUUUCUUCCCAAUUAGUUCUUC